AUGUCGCGCCAAUUGCACAAGCUUGACAGGGAGCCAAGACAUAGCGGGCUCGUCGGUCCCCUCGCCUACCAAUUGGCCUUUACACAACUACCGCGUCUUGUGUCUUUCUCCAUCUUCCAAUUCCCCAUCAUGGACACCAUUUCUCAGUUGGCUACCACGGCCACCAAGUAUGCCUUUGGCGACUCCACCACCCAAGAGCCCAUCUCCGGCUCCCAGGGCGACGUCACCAAGGGUGAGCCCUACGACGCCGGCAAUCUAGAUCCUGAAGAGCAGCAGCGCCUCGGCCAGGGCCUCAGCGCCGCCGAGUCCCGCAGCAGCCCCGACGGCGUCUCCAAGAGCCAAAACACCGGCCCCAUCACCACGGCCACCAACACCACAAACAACGCCGGCUUCACCAACUCCCAGCACGACAUGUCCGCGCCCGGCCGAAACACUGCCCACGAGGACAUUUCCAGCGCCGGCGGCAUCACCACCGCCACGAACCGCACCACCGCUAGUGGCUUCACCUCACCCGGCCAGGAUAUGGGCGGCAAUGCCCGCAGCAGCACGUCCAACUUGGACAGCACCCGUAACACCUCUGGCUUCGAUAGCAGUAGCAGCAACCGGGCCACGUCCAACUUGGACAGCACCCGCAGAACCUCUGGCCUCGACAGCAACAACAGCAACCGGGGCACGUCCGACCUAAACACCCCCAGCGACAACCUAGCCAGCCAGGACCUCCGCCGCGCCGACGACGCCUCCUCCGCCAACAUUGACAGCAAGAGCAAGCCCUCCGAGAAGCCCUCCGCCGGCGGCGAUGCCGACGAGCCAUCGGCAGACGUAUCCGGCCCCGGACCGCGGGACCUCUCCACCGUAGCCCGCGAGCACGGCGGCGACGCCGGCACCCACGGCACCGAGACGGCCGCCUCCUCCAGAAAGCCCGGCGCCGGCAGCGACCUGCCCGCGGACCAGAGCCAGGAACAGGGCACCGGUGAAAAGUACGUCAAGUCGAGCGGGCUGCAGGCCGACGGCGGCGACUUUGACGCGGCCAACCCCGGCGCCGGCCGCGAAGCGGACCGCCUCAUGGAGCAAAAGGGCAUCAUCAGCACGUCGACCGCUGGCAAGGACAAGGAGGCCGCGGCGGACCAGCAUCACAAGGCGCCCAGCAGCGGUAGUGACGGCAAGGAGAAGCACGGCCUCGUGGACAAGAUCAAGGAGAAGUUGCAUAAGCACUAA